CCUCAGAAAUCUUCUUCUUCAUCGCCAUGUAUUCGUGGAUGAAGAAGUUUUUUGGUCGUAAAAAACUUCGAAAAUCCAAGUCUGAAAUCGUCGAUAAGACCGAGCACAAUGGCAACGGCAGUGCGUCACAGGAACUUCCGCAGUCGAAAUCGACUAAUAUUGUCAAUCACGUAGCUUCUUCGUCGGACGACUGGGAAGCAGUCUGUUCCUCUCACGGUGAGGAACGGAUAAAGAAUUUCGAUUCUGAGUUGGACAAACACAUGAUGCAAACGAUCACUGACGUCAAGUACAUGAUCAAGAAGAGCAAAUACACAGCGCUCAGCGAAGUGAACUUCCAACGAGGUUGUCUCGAUGCACACAAUGAACUGCGGCAAAGAUACGGGAUAGCACCAUUGGUUUGGUCAGCAGAGCUAGCUGACAUGGCACAUGCAUGGGCUGUUAAGUUAUCAGAUAGGGGACGAAUGCUGUAUCCGGAAUUGCCAGGCAUCGGAGAAAAUAUAAUGCUAUCUGAAGCGAACGAACAAUCACAUCUUCCGACAGGAGCGGAAGUUGUUUCUCGAUGGGAGAGCGAAGCCGAUCAGUUUGACUUUGAUCGACCGCGAUGGAAUCCAAAGUGCCAACGCUUCUCUCAAAUGGUUUGGAGAGAUACGACCGAAUUAGGAGCUGCUCGAGCUUGGAAUACUGCGAAGAACUGCGUGGCCGUUGUUUGUUUCUAUAGGCCAAGUGGGAAUUCGAAUGCUCCAGGUGAAUUCGCCUCAAAUGUGCCAUCCAGAGACUGCUCAAUGUCUCCAGCACGAAGUCUUGCUGGACAAAUCAAACUGGAAGAGUUUUCUACAUAUAAGAAGCUUGUGAAGAGUAAAUGA